AUGACUCUUCUACUUCACUUAGUGGUGUCACUUUCUAUUUUCGGCCCAGUAUUCGUCUCCGGAAAUUGCUUCUAUUGUGCUACACCUUAUCUGCAGAAUAAUUGGCAUCUUUCCGGAAUUCCACGAAGUGACCCACCAAAAGAUAUACAGUUCCAUGCAGAUUGCAUCUCACCCAAAAAAGAAUCAACCACUAUUAAGGCAUGUACCGGUGCGUGCGCCGAAAUCAUAUUCACUACCGAGAGAACUGUACAAGUUAUACGUGGGUGCUACGCCGAUCUGAUGGGUUCUGACUUGGGCUUAGUAACUGCUCCAGCUGCUGAUAGCUGUGAUUAUGUUCCUCUUGCGGCUGAUGCUGCUGCUGAAGACUUAGAAGUUGCAGCUACUAGAUUCUGUUAUACUACUGGAGAAACAUCUUGCAAUAAUCUGUUGACAUCUACGACUGGAAAAGAUACCAUGACUCUUCUCAAAUGCAAUCUUGCAACCACUAUGUGUGUUAGCUGUGCUAAGUAUGAUGGUAAAGGCAAAUGUACUAGAUCAAAGGAGCAGAAAGAUCAGAAAGUUAGUGUCGGAAACUAUUGCAAGAAAAUGGAAGGAAAAUUUGGAGGUCAUGACUAUGUUGAGAGAGAUGCUGCCAUCAUCGCUCCAUUCCUGGGAGAUAAUGUUUGCUUCGACAAUACCAGCUUCAAUGUUAUUUCCAUGAAGUUUGGAGGAAUCAACUCCACAGUAACAAGAGCAAAGAGAGAUGUGAUUGAGCAGUUCAAAGGAUCUGUCUGUUAUUGCAAAACUUCAAUGUGUAACUCAUCGAAUGAACUUCGAGCAACCAUAUUGCCCAUUGUGACAUCACUUAUUGCUCUUUUAUCGGCACUCCCUUUAUUCUAA